AUGUAUCUGGAGGACCGGACGGUGCGGUUACAAUUAUGGGAUACGGCAGGCCAGGAGCGUUUCCGGAGUCUGAUCCCCUCGUACAUCCGCGACUCGAGUGUGGCAGUGGUUGUUUACGACAUCUCGAACGCAAAAUCAUUCCAAAAUACGCGGAAGUGGAUCGACGAUGUCCGGGCCGAGCGCGGCAAUGACGUUAUCAUUGUGCUCGUGGGCAACAAGACGGAUCUGAACGACAAGCGUGAGGUCACCACGCAACAGGGCGAAGAGGAGGCCAAGAGAAACAACCUCAUGUUUGUUGAGACAAGUGCCAAACUGGGGCACAACGUCAAACAGCUCUUCCGGAGAAUAGCACAGGCCCUGCCUGGCAUGGAAGGCACGGAUGCUGCCGCGCAGGCGUCUAGUCAGAGUAAGUGA